AUGACUGAUUCUUCAAUUAAUCAAGAAGUACAAGUAAAUAGAUAAGUAGAAACCAUUGAAGAUUCAUAAGAAUUUAGCUAACAAUUACCUAAUAUUUCUAUUGCUAUGAUCUAAUUUCAAUAAUAAGAUGAUAUUUAAUAAAAUGAAAUAUAGAAUUAAUAAAUCAUUAAUUCAAAUCCAAAUGAAGAUUUAUAAGAAAAAAAUUAAAAAUUACAAGAAUAAAAUUAAAAGUUGUAUCAAUAAUUAAGUUAGACUGAAAAUCAAUUAAAUUUGAUUAAUCAACGUAUUGAUGAAUUAAAUCAAGAGAAAAACUAAAAUAAUACUAUGAUUAAUGAUCUUAAAAAGUUAGUUGAUUAAUAAAGAGAUUUUAUUAAUUAAAUUAAUAAUGAUUAGGCUUAUUUGGAUUUGACUGAAUCAUUAGAAAUCACAUUGCAAAGAUUAAAAGAAAUGGAAAAGAAAAAUGAAAAAUUAUUGGAAGAGAAUCUCUAUUAUAAAACAAAAUAUGAAGAAAGCCUAAUUUAUAUAAAAAGUACUAAAGAAGAAACUUUGAAUCAAUAAGACAGAAUAGAUUAAAUGAGUCAAAAUUAUUAACAAUCAUCAGAAGAUUAAUUAUAAAAAAUUCAAGGUUUAGAAAAUGAAAUUAGAUUAUUGUAACAGUAAAUCUCUAAUAAAUGA